AUGGGUGAUACCCUCCUGCGCGUCGCUCCUGGCGUCUCUCAAGCUGCCAGUGCUGGACGGGACUCUGACACGGCCAUUCCACACCACCUGUCCCACGUCCUUCACCAUCGAGCCUCGCCAACCGACUACACUCCUCCCGCUUCACCACAGCCCCAAAUACCAUAUGCUUCCACAAAGGGCUUUGGCGCGCUCCGCUCAAAGCACCCGACCCAGCUCCAGAUGCACACGGUAGCCGCUCAGCCCUACGACCGUCCCGCUUACAGUCCAACGCCUGCCGACAGCCCGACCAUUCCUUCGCCCAAAUACUCUCUACGGCAAAGAGCUCCUUCUCUCCUCCGCCAUGCCGCCGUACCUUCCCCCCGCCAUGCAAACCCACCUUCUUCCACCCCAAUACCCAUGUCCCCAACCGGCGCUUCGGUAAUGUCGCGUCAGGACAGCGCCCCUUGCUCGCCCGACCUUCGCACCAUCUUCAAUCCUCUGGCUAGCAAUCCAGUCAACUCGAAUGGCCCAACAUGGAAUUCAUCUAGCGAAGACCUGCCAGGCCCCCCAGCUGCGACAUUCCGAGCCCGAGGAAUGACUGGCCCCCAAUCAUCUUUUCAGCCGCCACCUUUUCAGCCUUCGCUUAGGUCCGCAACCUCCAUACCAGAUUAUGCACAGCAUCGUGCAAAUGAGCGGUCAAACCUCUCAGGCACGUACAAGCCUAACAGAGGCGUGCCCAACUGGUCUCACAAUGAUUACUACCCUCCCCCAGCUCGACCAUUCCGAAACGAGGAGCCACGAGCUAGCUUUAGAUCUGGAUUCACAAAUGCUUCAUCUAGCCUAAUGGAGACCAGCGGCACAGAGCGAAGUAGCAUCAUUACUGCUCGUAGCUCUAUUGCUAGCGACCUGCACAGUGGCAUGUAUUCAAGAGACCAGUCAAGAGAUCGCAAACGGGAUCGGGAUGACUCCCCAGAAACAACGCUUACUUCAGAUAUUGCCGAGGAAGAAGAACAGCUAGACGCUGUCAGUGACGUACUCGAUUCAUACUACUACGACGAAGAGGAUGAUGACCGCAGCCCGAUUGUCGAGCCGCAUGACGACCAUUUUGGAAAUCCUUCGCCCAGUGGCCUCGACUCUGAACCGCCCGAGCUGUCUCAGACACCAUCCCGCGAUUUCGACUCUCUCGACUCCUUCCAAUCCAACGAAAGUCUCAAGCGAUGGGACGAACGGUCCUACCCACGCGCAGAAGACUCAACAGAGAACCAUCGCGAGCAGAAAAAGCUGCUAACUAUCCGUACGACGUCUGAUUCAGGCUCUGAUCUCGAUGUACACAAUGCAAGCGCAAUAGAACCGAAAACGCUGCAAGUGGACCACAUGCACAAGGGUCAAGUAAGUCCCUACCAGGCUCCGUAUACACCACGGACCAUCCAAGCAGUAGUGCAGCUUCCGAAAAAGAGAUUGUCGGUCACGAUGAAACGGUCCAGCGCAGAUAUGCCUCGUCGGGUCUCAGUCACCCUACAGGCUUUGUCCCUCAGAACCACUGAAACUUCGAAUUUGGGAAGCGCCAAGAAUGCCAAAGGACAUCGUUACUCACAGAGUGCCCACACAAGCCGUUCUCAGAUGGAUAGCAUUCGUCGUGAGAUUUCUGGACUUCCUCAAUUGCCCACUAACAGAUCGCGACUCUCACGUCAAGAUUGGGCAAGCAUUGAAGCCUACUCGAAGCGACACAGCAAACGACCUAGUCGUUCGCGUACCUUCUCACAUGACUCGAGUGCCGGGGCUAAUGGCCCGCAAUCUCCGCCAGUGCAACGAUCACAACCUCUCCCGGAACUUGACGAAGAUGAAGCAAUCCCCCGUCGCGCUUCUACUAGUGUCUUCGAUCGAAAGAGUGCACUGCUCGAUCUGGGCAAGAUGGCCCAGCUAGCUCCGGCUAAAAGUAAGCCAGAGCCAGCCCAAGACUCUGAAAUGUCUUCUGGGCUCCCAAUCCCCGUCGUUAUGCCCGGCCUGCGCAAAACUGCCAUCCCUGUGGAAAGGGAUCGUUAUGGCUUCAAAAAGGCAUCUGAGAAGAUUAGCGUCCAAGAGUACAAUGCCUGGGCAGCGAGAUACGAAGAGCACAUUGCACGUCGACGUGGUAAAUGGAUUGCUUUGAUGCACAAGCAAGGACUAUCAACCGACAACCCUACGACAUUCCCGGAAAUGUGCGAGAAGGUUAAGAGAUAUGCACGCAAGGGUUAUCCUCCUGAGUGGCGAGGUGCCAUGUGGUGGUAUUACUCUGGCGGUCAGCACAUGAUCACACAAAAAGAAAACGUUGGCCUCUACAAAUCGCUUGUAGCCCGUUUACGACGAGAUGAGCUCAACAAGGACGACAGAGAUGCUAUUGAACGCGACCUCGACAGGACUUUUCCCGACAACAUUCAUUUCCGACCCGAGCCAGCGACUGAUUUGCUAGACGGCGAGGACGAUGACGAGCCCGCGCUGAUUCAAGACCUUCGCGAGGUUUUGUCGUGCUUCGCUCUGAACAACCCCAAUAUUGGAUACUGCCAAUCGCUCAACUUCAUUGCCGGUCUGCUGUUGCUCUUCCUUAAGCAAGACAAGGAAAAGGCCUUCAUUCUGUUGACCAUCAUUACGCAAAACCAUCUUCCAGGUGCACACGCCCGUAGCCUUGCGAAUACCGAAGUCAACGUCCUCAUGAUGCUGAUCAAGGAUUACCUACCCAAGGUCUGGGCCUCCAUCAAUGACACUGAUCUCAUCAAUACCGGCGCUGGCUCUUACGCCCACCCCAACUCCAAGUUCCAACGCCAACCUACUGUUGCUCUUUCAUGCACAUCUUGGUUUAUGAGCAUUUUCGUCGGUGUGCUUCCGAUUGAAACCGUCCUUCGUGUGUGGGAUGCUUUCUUGUACGAGGGGCCACGCGCUCUGUACCGCUACGCCCUUGCUAUUUUCAAGCUCGGCGAGCCAGAAAUUAGAAAGUACCGUCCAGGCGAUGGUGAAAUCUUCAUGGCCGUUCAAACACUGCCCAGGCGCUGCCUGGACCCGAACGUCUUGCACGAUCUGGCGUUCGUCAAGAAGGGUUUUGGCAACCUGUCACAACAAGUGAUUGAUCAGAAACGUAUGUUCUGGCGUGAACAAAACAUAAUCGCCCAUCAAAAUUCUGUAAAGAACAACAACGGCCGCCGCCAUCAUGGACAUCAGGUGGAAGACGACGACGAUGGCGACAGAGAUAGCCUCCGGAAGGCCAUGGGCAUGAACGUCCUGCGCCGUCGCGCAUCCCGCAAGUUCCGCAAAAUGGGUAUGAAAUGA